AUGCCUACUAAUGGCAUUAAUCCAAGCGAGUUCUACACGACGAAAAAAGUCUCUUUCCAAUGCUCAAGCAGUUCUAGUGACGAAGGUGCAUCAACGAUUGAAAAAGUGACUCAAGAAGAUCAACAUCCCUAUCGAGCAGUGCCGUUAUCAACAAAAAAUGUGCUCUUUAUGACGAUCGGGAUGACAAUUUAUUCACUUGUUUAUCUUUUCCCUGCACAAAACGAUAAAUUACUCUUCUACCUUAUGACCGGAUUGAUAGUGAUUUUCGUGAUGUUCAUCUAUGCAUUUGGGUUUUUGGCUGUCAUUUUUAUGGUCACUGAUCCUUAUUCAAAAGUGAUACCGAUUGAAGUCUUUGAAUGCUCAAACAACAACGAUUCCAGCCAACAAUUCGAUCAUUUUUCCGAAGAAAGUGAAGAAGUUUCUGUU